AUGGGGACGCAGAAACCGAGUGAAUGGGCUAAUUCACUUAUUUCCCGUUUCGAGGAGCAGCUUCCCUACAAGACGGGAGCCCAGAAUCUUCAUUCCCGCAUUAAUGAAGAACAGUGCAAAGCAUGCCUUGUCCAGAUCAGCCGACACCGGUUCUCUCUAGUCAUCGCCGGCCUCACCAAGAUUCUACAGAAGCUCAACGAACUGUACCAGCCCACAGUGCCGAUAGGCCUAAACCGUCCACAAACCGAUCAGGAGAAAGGCUACCAUGACAGUCUGGUCAUCGUACUGGAUACGUUGGAAAUAUGUCUCAGCUCCCAGCCCAAAGACACGGCGAAGUAUGACGAGGCUAUGAACGUGAAAAUUCUGCUGAGAGAAGUGUGCCAGUUUAUUGAUAUGCGCAAUGAGAACACAGUGAACAAUAUGCUACUUCGACAGUUGGCCAGUAAGGUAUUGUUCGCUUUGAGCCUCAACUUCUUCAACGCGGUGUUCAACAGGAUCAGCGCAAGGCUUCAGGAACUAUCGUCUAGCUCAGAAGAAAACCCCGACUAUACAGAUAUAGAAUUGAUACAAUACAUCAACGUUGAUAUAUUAAGGCUUAUACGGCUUUUAACUGAAUCAAUACAAAAGUUUAGGUUGUUACGAAAAUCGGCACAUUUAGUUUUAGUAUCAUCCCUAGAGAAAGCUAUUUGGAAUUGGAUGGAUACGUAUCCACAGGAGUUUGCAGAAGUCCAGUGUCGGCCUAACGAUGAGUUGAGCAAGUGUUGCGACACUCUUUUCGACAUAUUGCAGGACAGCUUCUCCGACAACAAGAAGUCGCGAGUGGCGAUGUGGCCGCUACAGAUCAUGUUGUUAAUUCUCAACCCUAAAGUUCUAGAAGAAAUAGUGAAUGCAGACAGCGGUGCUCCUUGUAGUCCCAGACACAGCAAGAAGAAACAUUUUAUAGAUUCUGUGAAGAGGGGCCUUAGUCCUCAGAACAACUCCAAGCAAAUGACAGAAGCCGCUGUGGUAACCUGUGUGAAGCUGUGCAAGGCUUCCACGUACCUCAACAUAGCAGACUCCGGCAACGUCACUUUUAUCUUAGUUAAAUCUGUUAUAAACGACCUUAAGUCUCUCCUCUUCAACCCCUCGAAGUCUUACAUUCGUGGUAACCUGAUCUCCGGAUAUUCCGAACUGGACCUGAUGACCGACUGCUUCGUAUCGUUGUUCAGGAUAAUGCCACACAAUAACGACGCUCUCAAAGUGUGUCUCAAUCUGAACACGCAUAUUUCGUAUCAUUGUGUGAUCAUCAAUUCAUUACUUAGAAUAAUCAAACAACCGCGCCUACCGUGGUGGCCCCAGAUAGAGCUGCUGUACCCCAGGGCGGCGGAACUGAGAGCCAUGUUCACGGAUACUUCGAAUAAGGCCACUCAGGGUUACGUAGUACACACUCCUCUCAGAAUGAUCUCCCUUACCCUCAAGUCUAAGGAGGUGCAGUCCAAGUUUAAUAAGAGCGAGGAGAUGCCAGCGUACAGGAACCUACUGCUGUGUAUUGUAAAGCUUAUCCACGCUGAUCCUAUGCUGAUGUUGAGUAAUCCAGGUCGAUCCAGCGUAGAGAUCCAAUCGUCGACCACCGAGCUGAUCAACGGCCUGGUGUCUCUGAUUCACCAGACUGGUAUGGGCGAGAUCUCGCAGGCUGCCAUGGACGCCCUGCUGGCCCUGCACCGACCUGACAGAGUCCACAUGUGGAACCCUGAAGCGCCUCUUAACACUUUUUGGGAUAUUAGCUCCCAGGUGUUAUACAACAUAAGCCAGAAGUUGAUCCAACGCCAGAUCUGCAACUACCGUGAAGUACUGAGGUGGCUCCGCGAUAUCCUCACGUGCCGCAACGAGUUCCUCGCCAAGCACAAGGAGUACGCCAACGUGGGCAGCCAGGUACCCAUCUGUAAACAGGCGCACAUCAAGCUGGAGGUGGUUUUCUUCAUGUGCCUGUGGUCAAUAGACACGGAUGUGGUCCUGGUGGCUAUGUCUUGCUUCGCCCUGCUGUGCCAGGAGGCGGACAUCCGGUGCGGCUCCGACGAGAUCACCACCCAGUGUCUCUUACCCAAUUAUGCCGUCUUCCAGGAGAUCGCCCAUACCUCCACCGUUCUUACUACUGGUGCUGCGGCUCUACAGAAACGAAUAAUGGCUUUACUGAGGAAGAUAGAACAUUGUGUGAACGGUGUUCAACCUGUUUGGGAGGAGACGUUCCGAUGUUGGGAUUCACUUUGCAAGUUACUACAGAAAUACCCUAAGGGACAAGGGGAUAAAGUGGACGAUUGUCAAAUGGAGGCAUUACAUCGAGCAGUUGCUAAACGGAGAGUCUCACAACACACCAGUUCCGAACAUGAUUUCGAGAUACAAGAGUGGGCGAAUAUAACCUCGUUCCUGUGCGCGCUCGGUGGAGUGUGUCUGCAGCGAAGACCUUCUAUCGCCUGGUCACAUUUACAUGGACAUGAUUCGAGGAAACUAUUCAACGUUCUGGCCAACAGUUCACAAGAAGUACAAUACUGUCCAGUCACGCAAUUCAUAGGCCAACUCCUCCGCCUGCUGCUGUGCAGCAACGAGCGGUUCGGCCAACAGAUACAAACUCACGUCAAAGAGCUGGUCGGUCACGAGAUGUCUUCAGCUCUGUACCCCAUACUGUUCGACCAGGUCAAGGCUAUUAUUGAUAAAUUCUUCGACCAACACCAACAGGUAAUGUUAACAGAUAUCAACACUCAAUUCGUGGAACACACGAUAUUUAUAAUGAAGAGCAUACUGGAGUCCCACAAGAAGAGCGGACACCCCAUCGAGAUACUGAGCACCACUUCUAUCGAGGCUCUCAUGUUGGCUAUCGUCAGAUACGCUCGACACUUGGAUAUGACUGUGAUGUCGGUGCACAUCAAGACAAAACUCUGUCAAGUGGUUGAAGCUAUGAUGAGGAGAAGAGAUGACCUCGCCUUUAGACAGGAGAUGAAGUUCCGCAAUAAGAUGGUGGAGUACGUAACGGACUGGGUGCUGGGCAGCAGCCACCAGAUCGCUCCACCCAUGCGAGCUGAUGCCUCCUCGAUUAGCAGAUACCUAGGCUGUUGUAGGGAACUGGACCAGGCUUGUAUGGAGGCUGUAGCAUCUCUUCUCAAAGGGCUGCCUCUACAACCGGAGGAGUCAGACCGUGGAGACCUUAUGGAGGCUAAGAGCCAGCUGUUUCUUAAAUAUUUCACUCUCUUCAUGAAUCUACUUAACGACUGUAAUGAAGUAGAAAUGGCUGAAGGUCCUGGGAGGCUGGAGACCCUUCGGAAUGCCACCAUACAAGCCAUGUCAAACCUUCUGAGCGCCAAUAUUGAUUCUGGGCUUAUGCAUAGUAUAGAUUUGGGCUACCAUCGUGACUUACAAACUCGCGCCGCCUUUAUGGAAGUCCUCACGAAGAUACUGCAGCAGGGAACUGAGUUCGACACCUUGGCCGAGACUGUGCUCGCGGAUAGGUUCGAACAACUCGUCCAGUUGGUCACUAUGAUCUCAGAUAAGGGUGAACUUCCGAUAGCGAUGGCCCUGGCCAAUGUGGUGAGCACCUCCCAGAUGGAUGAACUGGCGAAGGUGUUCGUGACGUUGUUCGAUGCCAAACAUCUACUGGCGCCGCUGCUCUGGAAUAUAUUCUACAGGGAAGUUGAAGUCUCCGACUGCAUGCAAACUCUCUUUCGAGGCAACUCCUUAGGCAGCAAGAUAAUGGCCUUCUGCUUCAAGAUCUACGGGCACGUGUACCUACAGAACUUAUUGGAGCCCCUCAUCACCGCGCUACUCGACCAGGCCGACGAACGAGUGGACAUUAGCUUCGAAGUGGAUCCUGCCAGAUUGGACCCAAGCCAAGACAUCGAAAUGAACAGGACCAACUUACUAGAUCUGACGAAGGAAGUGUUCGAUCGUAUCGUGGGUUCGGCUGAUAAGUUCCCUCCACAGCUGAGGAGCAUGUGCCACUGCUUGUACCAGGUGUUAAGCAAAAGGUUUGCUCAGUUCCCGCAGACGUCGGUUGGAGCUGUCGGCACUGUACUGUUCUUGAGGUUCAUCAACCCUGCUAUCGUGUCACCCCAAGAGAUGUGCAUCGUGAACCGUCCAGUACCCCCCUAUGUGAAGCGGGGCCUGAUGCUGAUGUCUAAGAUCCUGCAGAACAUCGCCAAUCACGUGGAGUUCUCCAAAGAACAACAUAUGUUGCCCUUCAACCAUUUCCUGAGAGCGCACUUUGAAGCUGGACGAAAGUUCUUUAUUCAAAUCGCAUCGGACUGCGAGAGUAUAGACCAGACGUCACACAACCUGUCGUUCAUCAGCGACGCCAACGUGGUCGCCUUACACCGCCUGCUGUGGAACCACCAGGAGAGGAUCGGAGACUACUUGUCUUGCAGCCGGGACCACAAGGCUGUCGGCAGGAGGCCCUUCGAUAAGAUGGCAACACUCCUUGCUUAUUUGGGACCUCCAGAACAUAAACCUAUUGAAUCAACAUCAAGCUUGCUGUUCUCUUCAUACGCCCGCUGGUCAUCCAUAGACAUUUCCUCAACAAACUUCGAGGAAUUCAUCGUGAAGCACAAUAUGCACAAAAAAGAAGAAUUCAAAAGCAUUAAGAGCCUGAACAUAUUCUAUCAGGCGGGGACGAGCAAACUCGGGAAUCCCGUCUUCUAUUUUAUUUCUAGAAGAUAUAAGAUAGGCGAAGUGAAUGCGGACCUGCUCAUCUACCACGUGAUCUUGACACUGAAGCCGUUCUGCCAACAACCCUUUGAACUGAUAGUAGACUUCACGCACACCAACUCUGACAACAGAUUUAGGACGGAUUUCUUACAAAAGUGGUUCACAGUGCUACCAGAGGUGGCAUAUAUAAAUAUACAUGCGUGCUACAUAUACAACUGUAACAGUUGGGUGCGCGAGUACACCAAGUUUCACGAAGUUAUACUGGCGCCGCUCAGGGGCAACAGAAAGUUACAAUUCAUCGACAACCAUAGUCGUUUGAGUGAGUACGUGGAGAGUGAACAGCAGAAGCUGCCGGGCGCCACUCUCUCUCUGGAAGAAGACUUGAAGGUGUUCAACAACGCGUUGAAAUUGUCCCACAAGGAUACCAAAGUUGCUAUAAAGGUUGGACCGACAGCUCUUCAAAUAACCUCAGCUGAAAAGACCAAGGUGCUCGGUCUGCCCGUUUUACUGAAUGACGUAUACUACGCAUCGGAAAUCGAUGAGGUGUGUCUCGUGGACGACAACCAGUUCUCUCUGUCGAUAGUAAACGAAGCGACUCCAUUGAGCUUCAUCCACAACGACUGUGACAACAUAGUACAGUCUAUCAUACACAUCAGAAAUAGAUGGGAGCUCAGUCAACCGGAUUCAGUCACAGUCCACCAAAAAAUUCGACCAAAAGACGUACCUGGAACCCUUCUGAACAUGGCUCUGCUGAACCUGGGCUCGUGCGAUCCCAACCUACGCACUGCGGCCUACAACCAGUUGUGUGCUCUCACAGCUACCUUCCAUCUCAAAAUCGAGGGACAGUUACUGGAAACAUCAGGCCUAUGCAUACCAUCCAACAACACGAUAUUCAUAAAGUCGGUGAGUGAGAAACUUGCACACAACGAGCCUCAUCUCACUCUGGAGUUUCUAGAAGAAUGUAUACAGAUAAUGAUUCAACAAGAAGUUUUAUAUGUAUACCCAUACCAUCUGUCGGACACCUCUAGCACCGCGAGCGCUCAUUGGUCACAUCUGACGGACACCUCUAGCACCGCGAGCGCUCAUUGGUCACAUCUGACGGACACCUCUAGCACCGCGAGCGCUCAUUGGUCACAUCUGACGGACACCUCUAGCACCGCGAGCGCUCAUUGGUCACAUCUGACGGACACCUCUAGCACCGCGAGCGCUCAUUGGUCAAAUCUGACGGACACCUCUAGCACCGCGAGCGCUCAUUGGUCAAAUCUGACGGACACCUCUAGCACCGCGAGCGCUCAUUGGUCACAUCUGACGGACACCUCUAGCACCGCGAGCGCUCAUUGGUCACAUCUGACGGACACCUCUAGCACCGCGAGCGCUCAUUGGUCAAAUCUGACGGACACCUCUAGCACCGCGAGCGCUCAUUGGUCACAUCUGACGGACACCUCUAGCACCGCGAGCGCUCAUUGGUCAAAUCUGACGGACACCUCUAGCACCGCGAGCGCUCAUUGGUCAAAUCUGACGGACACCUCUAGCACCGCGAGCGCUCAUUGGUCACAUCUGACGGACACCUCUAGCACCGCGAGCGCUCAUUGGUCACAUCUGACGGACACCUCUAGCACCGCGAGCGCUCAUUGGUCAAAUCUGACGGACACCUCUAGCACCGCGAGCGCUCAUUGGUCACAUCUGACGGACACCUCUAGCACCGCGAGCGCUCAUUGGUCACAUCUGACGGACACCUCUAGCACCGCGAGCGCUCAUUGGUCACAUCUGACGGACACCUCUAGCACCGCGAGCGCUCAUUGGUCAAAUCUGACGGACACCUCUAGCACCGCGAGCGCUCAUUGGUCAAAUCUGACUGACACCUCUAGCACCGCGAGCGCUCAUUGGUCACAUCUGACGGACACCUCUAGCACCGCGAGCGCUCAUUGGUCACAUCUGACGGACACCUCUAGAACCGCGAGCGCUCAUUGGUCACAUCUGACGGACACCUCUAGCACCGCGAGCGCUCAUUGGUCAAAUCUGACGGACACCUCUAGCACCGCGAGCGCUCAUUGGUCAAAUCUGACUGACACCUCUAGCACCGCGAGCGCUCAUUGGUCAAAUCUGACGGACACCUCUAGCACACAACAUAUCAAUAAUAUUCUAGAACAUAACGCAGCGCUAUUCUGCAAACCUACAGAAGAAUCCCGUAGACAAAAGCAAGUGGCCCAAAUCUUGGAGAAGUUGAUCACUCUGACGAUUGAGGAGACAGAAAUGUAUCCGUCAGUGCAGGCCAAGAUCUGGGGGUCUAUCGGACAAGUCCCGGAACUCAUUGACAUGGUGCUGGAUAGUUUUAUACAGAGGAGUGUCAACUCAGGCCUCGGAUCCCCGAUGGUAGAAAUAAUGGCUGACACAGCUGUGGCAUUAGCUUCAGCCAACGUGCAGCUGGUUUCCAAAAAGGUCAUUAUAAGGAUGUGCAGGGCCCUAUCCAAACUGCCCAAUAAUAUCCUGGGUCCCGUAACCCCGGCUACAGUGGUGGACGAGACGUGUCAUACUCCAACAGCGAUGUUGGAACAGCAUAUGAUGUGGGACGAUAUUGCCAUAUUGGCUCGAUAUCUGCUGAUGUUAUCCUUCAACAACUGCCUAGACGUGGCCCGCCACCUCCCAUUCCUGUUUCAUACAGUGACGUUCCUAGUCUGCUCCGGGACGGUCUCCAUGCGAGCAGCGACCCAUGGAUUAGUGAUCAACAUCAUACAUUCACUAUGUACUUGUACUACACCGAGCUUCUCUGAAGAUACACAACGCGUAUUAAGGCUAUCACUCGAUGAGUUUGCCCUCCCCAAGUUCUACCAAAUGUUCGGUAUAUCGAAGGUCAAGUCUGCUGCGGUGACGGCGUUCAGGAGUUCAUACAAUAGACAUUCUAGUGAUUGUUACGUGCGUUACUCGGAGCACAUGUCGGGCACGUGCAGCGACAGCCUGCACGGCGCGGGGCCGAGCGCGGGCGCGGGACCGAGCGCGGGCGCAGGGCCGAGCGCGGGGGCGGGGGCGGGCACGGUAGCGGGGGCAGGAGCGGGGGCGGGGGCGGCGGCGGCGGCGAGCGCGCCGAUCUGCGCGAGCACGUCGCAGUCGGACCGCGAGCGCCUGCCGCUGCAGUCGCUCGAGAUCAUCACUGAUGCGCUUCUGGAGAUCAUGGAGGCUUGCAUGAGAGAUAUACCGGAUUGUAAUUGGUUGUACACUUGGACUGCAUUGGCAAAAAGCUUCGCCUUCUGCUUCAACCCAGCGCUACAACCGCGAGCCUUGAUAGUAUUCGGGUGCAUCAGUAAAAAUAUAACGGACUAUGACAUGAAACAGCUGCUGAGGGUAUUAGUAAAAGCAUUAGAGUCAUUCAACGAUUUGGCUCUCCUCGAGGCUCUGAUCAUGUCCUUGACCAGACUGCAACCUCUACUAUACCCGGCUUCACCAAUCCACAAGGCCCUGUUCUGGGUAGCAUUGUCAGUGCUGCAGUUGGACGAACCCACCCUGUACGCCGCUGGACUAGCUUUUAUGGAGCAGAACCUUCACACGUUAGAGUCACAGGGACAUUUCCAGCACAAGACGUUAGAGCAAGUGAUGAUGGAGACUCGUGAUCCACUGGAGUGGCACUUCAAGCAGCUGGACCAUGCUGUAGGACUGAGUUUCCGUUCCAACUUCCACUUCGCCCUAGUAGGACACUUCAUCAAAGGCUACCGACACCCUGCCGCGGCGACUGUCUCUAGGACUUGCAGAGUCCUUAUCAAACUGCUGUCAUUAGCCGCGUCAAGUUCUACGCACAGGGACAAAUUCCAUGUGACUCCUGAUACUGUAGCAUAUCUCACUGCUCUAGUGUGUGUGAGUGAAGAAGUCCGGUCUCGUUGUCACGUGAAGCAUUCCUUGCCGAAGUGGUUACCUGAUAACUGUGAUCAUUAUUGCCCAACAGCUGAACAUCACCAGUCGUCGAUGCUCAUUCAGCCUCCGGGUCACGGGUCGUGUCACAGCCGACGUCAGAAGUCUUGCGAUGUAUUGGAUCAAGUUGCCAUAUCAUCUGCUCAUGGCGGUAAAUCCCCUACGAUGCAGUCAAGCAGUGGUGGUCAUAGCCCACAUCUAGUCAGCAUAUCUCAUCAGGAUAGCGAAGGCAGAGCUCAUAGCAUGCAACACGGGGCGACAGGAGAGGCAGCUAGGAACGAACAGGCAGGCGAUGCAGAUAGCGGAUUUGAUAUGGUGGAAGACGAUGGCCGCGGAUCACCAGGCAGCACAGAUGAUACUGAUGGACGACCUUCUUCUACUAAAUCUGGCGAUAGCGACUAUCCCGAAAGUACAACAAAGCAAGCAUCAACAGAUAAAGACACAUCUAGUCCAGAAAGCAAUAGUCUGCUAGAUCCAUCUGUGUUAUCGGAUUUUACGACUCAGGCUCUAGUGCUGACUGUGCUGGCAACCCUGGUAAAAUACACCACAGAUGAGGACGAAAUAAGGAUAUUGUACCAAUAUUUAGCAGAGGGUUCAGUCGUGUUCCCUAAAGUAUUUCCAGUUAUACACAGCCUGCUCGACAUGAAAAUUAAUCAUGUACUGCUGCAUUGCCACGAUCAAGUCAUACUGAGCGCAGUACAAAGCAUUAUACAGAACAUGAUAGCGAGUGAAGACGCCAGCCAACAGCAGUUGCAUUACAUGCAAAGUUGUGGUUUCGGUGGAUUGUGGCGGUUCGCGGGACCUUUUACUAAGAACCAGUGCACAGCGGAGGGCAGCCAGCUCUUCGUGAACUGCCUAGAAGCGAUGGUGGAGACUUGCCUGCCUGGCGGGGACGAGCCCUUGACGAGGCCUCCGCCCCCAGACCCCGACCAUCCGGAUACUUGUGAUGCAUACCGAUACCCAGGUGUACACCGUCAGACGACAUUGUACUGUAGUGGACAAGACAUUUAG